AUUGACGCGUCGCGUUUUACGCUCUGAAUAUUUUGUCUCGUCUCGUGCGCUGUAACCUUUAUGUGUGCUAUACCAUCAUUUACAAUAUGAGAAACGGAAUGCCUACCUGGUGAACACCCCUCCCUUAUUAUUCGUCAUAAUUUUAGAGGAUUUAAAAUUUCCUUAUAAAAAUCUAGUAUAAUUUAAUAAGAAUUGCAAGUACUCCCUUUUCAUAUCAUCACUCUUUCUAAAAUACACAUACAAGCCUGUCAUACUAUGACUGCAGGAAUACAAAUCUUAUUCGUUCCUUGAAUCUAUCGCUUAAGCCAUUUUGUCAAUACUGCCACACAAUGCACCUAACAAUCACACGCUUUAACAUCUAUACUACAAUCAACUUUAGAAUAACAAGCCUGAACUAACAUGCUGUAUAAAAUAGCUCAUUGUUCAUUUUCCUUUAACUUAACCUGAAACAUUAGCCCUUAGCUUCCACAACGAUGUCAGUAGGAAAUGACUACGGUUGCCUCAUUUCCUACUGAUAGCCCGUGACAGUUACAUAACACAUAUGACAAUGCUGUUUCCCCAUGCGAUUGUGUCUGGGCAAGCUACGGAACGCCCUGUAUAAAGUGUAAUACGGUUGUGGCAGACGUCAGUUAUGUUUAAGAUCCUCUCGAGAUGAGCGUUAAGGUUGUCUGCUGUCUACUCCUCGGGUGCGUGGCUGCGGAGUAUAGGAAUGAUGGAGGGUUUGUCCCAAGUUUCCAACGCACGGAUGAUCAGCUCGCAGAACCAUCGUCAAGAGUGGAGAAGGCUAGAGAGGAACGAGACAGCCAGUCUGAAAGGACGCAAAGAUUUGGAAUCUCUGCUUAUGGCGGUGGAACUACGGGUGGCUUUGGCAGCACUGCUCCCGGGCUGUACGGCCCUCUGAAGAUAGAUCUCGGCGGAGUACUCAUUGGAUCCAUUUUAGGCUUCGGCGCAGUCAUUAUUUUACCUAAAAUAAUCCAUGCUUUAUCGUACAGUUAUGGCGGAGGAUACGGCAGGAGUGUGGAAACAGAUCUUAGCCAGAUGUCUGACAUCUUCAACAAGAUUGACGACAUGCUUAGCAGGUACAACAUAGACUCUUCAGCAUGUAUGCAGCGCCUGGCUUGUUCCUACGUCCAGCUGGCUAACGAAAAUGUAGUCACUGGAAAUGCCACGGAGUUUGAUGCCAUGCUUGCUUCUAUGUCUAGCAACUCCUUGGUACGCCGCAUGCUGGCAGGAACUUCGGUGCUCGACGCGGUAACUGCUGGUAAAUCCCUGGACACUGACUGCCAUAUCCAGUACCAUAAGUGCAAACUCGAUAAGAAGACAGUUCUCAAAAUGCUUGCACAACUUAUACCUUCGUAGUAGUUACCUAGAGUUCAUUAAA